GCGUGAACGUGUGAAUGCGAAAGCGAAAGGCCCCGAAGGGGCCCGCGUUGCUCCCGUCGGUCGGUUCCGCAAAGAAACGGUCGUUAGAACGGAGGCUGGUGCUGUUUGGACUCCUCUUUGAAGGCAGACCCCCCCCCGACACACACCGUCAUGGCCAAAUCCUGCACCGCCAUCCGGGUCAGCAAAGAGUCCCGUGAAAAGAUGGCCCUUUUCCGAGAGACCCUUUUCAAAGAGGGUGAAGAAUUCCUUUGCACGUUUCUCCCGAAAAAAAUACUCCAGUUGGAUCAGCUCCUCAAGGAGGAUGCGAUGAACCUUCAAGAUUUCAAUUCUCUCCGGGCUCCCCUGGAUAUCCCAAUCCCAGACCCACCCCCCAAAGAUGAUGAGAUGGAAACUGAGAAGGAGGAGAAAGAAGCUCCCAAAUGUGGCUACCUGAAAAGUAACGAACUCAUCAUUUCACUUAUGAAUCGCGUUAAACCCGAAGUCCGGGAGUUCAAAGAGAAAUGUGCUUUGGUUGCAACCUGGAUUCAGCACUUGAUUCCCAAAAUUGAGGAUGGCAAUGAUUUUGGGGUGGCGAUUCAGGAGAAGGUGCUUGAACGAAUCACAGCUCUGAAGACCAAAGUAGAGGCCUUUCAGACCACAAUUGCCAAGUAUUUUCAAGAACGUGGAGACGCCGUAGCAAAAGCCUCCAAAGAAACCCAUGUGAUGGAUUAUCGGUGUCUCGUUCAUGAGCGUGAUGAGGCCAUAUACCGGGAAAUCCAGAUCAUGAUCCUGGACAUCCGUGGGUUUUAUGCUGAGCUGUACCAUAUCUUGAGUGUAAACCUGGAAAAGCUGACCAACCCUAAGGGGGAAGACAAGCCAUCAAUGUAUUGAGGGACCCCUUUGCUGACGCCUGACAACAACCUUUGCUGUCAUUAAAAUUGAAGGCUGAAAAGAAAAGCAUCAGAAAAACCUGAAAAUAUAUAUAUUUGUGUGUCUCUGGUUGGCAUUGAAAAAUAAUAUAAUUGAAUGGAUUUUACUUUGGUGUC